AUGGCUGGAGUGCUCAAGAAAUAUGAGCUCGAAGCAAAGCUCAAGGAUGAGCACAAACUGAUUGAGCAGGGGAUCCUCCGCGAUGAGAACCCCCUCGAUCUGACUUCAGACUUCACCAAGUUCCUGGGCGCAUGUAGGAAAGGAGAUCUCAAGACGUGUCAAGAGCUGAUAUCAAACGGUGUUAAUAUCAACGGCAAGGAUGCUUUCGACUACACUCCUCUCAUCAUCGCCAGCCUCUGCGGCCACUUUGAGCUCGUCCAGCUUCUAUUGGAAUCAGGUGCGCUCGCGGAGAGGAAUACUUUCCAGGGCGAAAGAGCCGUGUACAACGCUUUGAAUGACAGGAUAAGAAACCUGCUCCUGUCUUAUGAUUACUCAAAAUCCACCGAUCCGCUGCAGCCUUGGUCGUCGCACAUAACGUCCUUGCUAACACGGCAAAUACCAAAGACUGCAGAUAUUACGUUGACAUCUGGGUCGGAAUCCCUGCACCUGCACAAGUUCUUGCUGUCAGCAAGGACACCAUAUUUCAGAGCAAAAUUGGCAGAUGCUCCUGAGACGACACAGUGGAAACUGUCCAGUGCAGUGCCGGUUGAGGCUUUCCAGCUUGUAGCUCAGUACCUCUAUCUUGGCGAACUUCCCAGAGAAUUGGUUGACCCUCGCAGCUCAACCUCCGAAGAGGAGGUUUUCAAAGGCAUCGACAAGAUCAGCAAGCAGCUCGAGGUCGAGAAUUUCUGGGAGACGGCAUUGACGCUGGACGAUCGAAGGCUGGCGAGGCAAAGGUAUCAGGACGAGAUCCAUAGGGCACAGGAACAGGUAGAGAGCUUUUUCCAGGAGCAUGUCGUGCGGCACAAGAUGGUCGUGGAUACGAAGAAGGUCAACGAAAUCAAGUGGAAGGUUGACAAUUCCAUCUUUGCCGACUGCUUACUACGGGCCGACGAGGAAGAUGGAGGCGAUGAAGAUGAAGGCGACGACGAACAAGAGACGGCGACAAUCGGGGCAAAUGGCAUCCCGAUUGGUCCCGCAUCGGAAACGUCAAACCCAAAGGAUACAAACCGCAAGUCCAGGAAGUCAACCGUAUUUCCCGUGCACAAGGCCAUGUUGAUCAGGUCACCAUAUUUUGAAACCAUGUUUUCAAGCGAGUUCCUCGAGGCGCAGGAAUCGGAGCAUCUCCACAUCAUCAAGGUCGACUGUACACCAGAGGUCCUUGAGAUCAUCCUGACAUUCAUGUACACGGAGAAAUCCGACUGCCCGCUGGAACUCGCCUUGGAACUGCUUUACACGUCAGAUAUGCUGCUGAUGGACCGGCUCAAGAGCAAAGCGGCGCAGGCCAUCAGCACGCUCGGCAGCGCAACGGGGAACAUCCUCGUGGACCGCACCCACUCCGAAGGUCACAAGGAGCAGGUCGAGGUCGAGCCAAUCAAUGUGUACGAUGUUAUUCAUGCGGCUUGGGACCUCCGGGUGCAGCGGCUGGAAGAGUUUGCCGCGCGUUACCUCGCGUACCGGCUGGAAGACUACAUCGAUGAGCCCGAGUUCGCAGAGCUCAUCCAGGAGUCUGCGUCGAGGCUGAAGCUGAGGCAGGAGACUGACACGAUUGAGCUACUAGAUGAUAUUCGGUAUUACCUCUCGGAGCGUUUCCGCCUGAGAUUCGAGGACGCCGGGUUAGAUGAGAUGCUCGACGAGGAGGGUGAGAUCCGGCCUGAGGCUGUGGAGGGGCUCGUCGCUGCCAACGGAGAGAGGCUCGAGGCCACCAAGGAAACAGGCACAAACGGGGCCGCGCCAGAAGUGGCGGCUGCCAUUGUUGAAGACGCUUCUCCAGGCAACGAAGGUGGUGGUGGCGGCGGCGCUGGUGGUGUUAGGACUCUGGAGGGAGAAGUCGUCGAUGAUGAGUUUGAUCUAGAUGCGAUGAACUACCAGAUCCUUCUCAGGAAAAUCGAUAAUAUGCUAGAGGGGCUAAAGCUAGAUGCAUAA